UCAGUGGCGGGAAUUCGUUGAUGUUCUUGCUUCCGACUGUGUGAGAAUUGUUAUUUUGUAGAUGUAAAAAAUUUGUUAUAUUACCUGUAGAUAUAUACUUUGGUUUCUCGGAAUAUCAUCAUGGUGCGCACCAAAGCCGAUGCAUACACUAAAGCUGCUGCAAAGGCACCAAGAAAGCAGCAUGUAUUGAGAGGUGGAAAUUCACCUGCUGCUUCAAAAAGUGGAAAAGUUAACAAGUAUGCAGGGGGAAAUCCAUAUUGUCCUCGUCCAACACCAUCAUGGCAGAAACCUAUUACUUCAUUUUUCGCUAAAUGUGAUGACCAGGAAGAAAAUAUGCCUCCUGAAGGUAGUGCCUGUGCUAGUGAAACCAGCCAGCUGUCUACAGAGGAGAAUCAAAUGAUUGCUGUGGAUGACCAGCAGCCCAGUUGUUCUGGCUAUAGGCCUGAGCCUGGUCCUUCUGGAAGUAAAGAUGUUAAGGAUUUUAGUAGUGAUGAUGAUGAUGAUGAUUCAUAAAUUCAUCUACUUUUUUCAAUGAUGAUAGCCUUUAAUGCAUCUUGUAUAUGUUCAUUUGUAUAUUCUCAUUCAUAUGAAAGAAAGAAGCAUUCUGUAAACAUGUGUAGCUUGUAGUUUUAAGUAAAGUCUUAAAUUUCUUAA